AUGGAAUUGACUGAUAGUAAUAUUUCUACAUUAUCCGAGUACCUGCAACAUACUUUAAAUCCUGAUAUAAAUGUAAGAAGGCCAGCUGAAAAAUUUCUUGAAUCUGUGGAAAUUAACAAAAAUUUUUCAAUUUUACUUUUAUACUUAGUGGAUAAGACAGAUGUUGAUUUAACUAUAAGAGUUGCUGGCUCUGUGGCUUUUAAAAAUUACAUAAAAAGAAAUUGGAAAGUGGAGGAAGGAGGUACAGAUAGAAUACAUGAAGAUGAUAGAACAGCUAUUAAAUCAUUAAUUAUAGAUUUGAUGUUAAAGUCACCAGAAUUAAUUCAAAAACAGUUAAGUGAUGCAGUAUCAACCAUAGGAAGUUAUGAUUUUCCUCAAAAAUGGCCUGGAUUAAUUGAACAAAUGAUCAGCAAGUUUUCAUCUGGUGAUUUUCACGUAAUUAAUGGAGUAUUACAAACAGCUCAUUCUCUUUUCAAAAAAUACAGGCAUCAGUUUAAAUCACAAACAUUAUGGGAAGAAAUAAAAUUUGUAUUAGACAAUUUUGCCAAACCUUUGACAGAUCUUUUUAAUGCAACUAUGAAUAUUGCUGGAAGCCUUAAGGAAAUUGAAGGGUUAAAAAUUAUUUGCUCAAGUCUUACUAUGAUUUGCAAAGUAUUUUAUUCUUUAAAUUUUCAAGACUUACCAGAAUUUUUUGAAGAUAAUAUGGAAACAUGGUUUACUCACUUUUUAACAUUGCUUAGUUUUGAUAUAAAAGAAUUGCAUACUCAGGAUGAUGAUAAUGCUGGUAUUUUAGAAAAAUUGAAAGGUCAAGUUUGUGACAAUAUAUCAUUGUAUGCUCAAAAAUAUGAUGAAGAAUUUUCAAAUUACAUGCCGACAUUUUUCACAGCUGUAAAAGCCUUAUUAAUAUCAAUUGGUCCACAAGCCAAAUAUGAUCAUUUAGUUAGUAAUGCUUUAGGUUUUAUGUCAAAUGUUGCUGAAAGGAAACACUACACUCUAUAUCAGGAUUCAAAUGUUUUGAAUGAAAUAUGUAAUAAUGUCGUCAUUCCUAAUUUGGAAUUCAGAACUAGUGAUGAAGAAUUAUUUGAAGAUAAUCCUGAAGAGUACAUCAGACGUGACAUUGAAGGAAGUGAUGUGGAUACGCGAAGGCGAGCUGCUUGCGAUUUGGUAAAAGCUUUGGCAAAAAAAUUCGAACAAAGUAUGAUGUCAAUAUUUGGACAAUAUGUGGAGGCAAUGUUAGCACAAUACGCUGCUAAUCCAGCUGAAAAUUGGAAAUCUAAAGAUGCAGCUUGUUUUUUGGUAACUUCUCUUGCUUCAAGAGGUCAAACAGAGAGACACGGUGUGACUCAAACUUCACAGUUGGUCAAUUUAUCGGAUUUCGCUCAUUUUCAUGUAUUUACUGAACUCUCACAACCAGAUGUUAACGCAUUUCCCGUAGUAAAAGCUGAUGCUAUUAAGUAUACAAUGGUAUUUAGAUCAGUGUUACCCAAAAAAGUUGUGGCAUCUUCUUUGCCCAAUUUAGUACGUCAUUUGUUGUCAACAAGCCCGGUUGUGCAUACGUAUGCAGCUGCUGCCAUCGAAAAGAUUUUAGCUUUAAAAGGACCUGAUGGUAGCAGUUUAAUUGAUGAGAAAGAAGUUAUUCCCUUGGCAGGGGAUUUAUUGGCCAAUUUAUUUAGACUAUUGGAUUCGACAGCUUCACAGGAAAAUGAAUAUGUUAUGAAGGCGAUCAUGAGAAGUUUUAUAGUUCUUCAAAGUAAUGUCACUCCUUAUCUCGGUGAACUUUUGCCGAAACUUACUCAAAAACUUUGUCUAGUUUCUAGGAAUCCUAGUAAACCAUAUUUUAAUCAUUAUUUAUUUGAAACUUUGGCUCUAUCAAUAAAAAUAGUUUGCGCUCAAACUCCUGAAGCCGUUUCAAAUUUCGAAGUUGUUUUAUUUCCAACAUUUGAAGCUAUUUUACAGCAAGACGUACAAGAAUUUAUUCCUUAUGUUUUUCAAUUGUUGUCAAUGUUGUUGGAACUUCUUAGUAAUACAGUAGGAAAAAUUCCUGAUUCAUAUUUUGCACUACUCCCAUGCUUAUUAGCACCGGUUUUAUGGGAACAAAGUGGUAAUAUCAAACCUCUUGUUAGAUUACUUCAAGCUGCGAUUGCCUUGGGCCCACAACAAAUAGUAAAAGAAAAUCUUUUGAAUGGGAUACUUGGAGUUUUUCAAAAACUCAUAGCAUCUAAAAUAAAUAGUCAUGAGGGUUUUAGCUUGAUGCAACAUCUAAUUCAUUUUAUUCCUCAAGAAGCCUUAAAACCGUACAUAAAGCAGGUUUUCGUACUUAUUUUUACAAGGUUACAAUCAUCAAAAACGGCUAAAUUUAUUAAAGGCGUUAUAGUAUUUUUAUCAUUCUAUGCAUCAAGGUAUUCUCCAAACGAGUUGAUAGCUUUAAUUGAUUCAAUACAAAAUGGAAUGUUUGGAAUGAUUUUAGAAAGAAUCGUAAUACCCGAUAUAAAAAAAAUUGUGGAUCCCGUAGAUAAGAAAAUAACAGCCAUAGGAGUAAUAAAAACACUUUGCGAAUGCGAAUCUGUAUUAAAUGGAAAUUAUUCACAAUAUUGGUCUCCUUUAUUAAAUUCAUUAAUGGCUCUCUUCGAAUCUCGAGAUGAUCAUUCAAUUCAACCUGAAGAAAAUUCCAUGGCCUACGAAGAUAACGUUGAAUAUAGUCCGGCAUAUAGUCAGCUUGCAAAUGCUCAAAAACCCCCAUUCGAUCCAUUUAAAGACAUUGUGGACCCCAGACUAUAUUUAGCUCAUAGUCUAGCAAAACUAUCCGUUAGUUCACCGGGAAAAGUCGGCAUUUUAAUUGGAACGUUAGGAGAUGCAGAAAAAGUGAAUUUAACUCAAUAUAUGGCAGCAGCAAAUGUUCAAAUCUCUUAA